AUGGCGUCUUUGGGCCUGCAGGUUCUGGGCAUUGGGCUCGCGGUGCUGGGCUGGAUCGGUAACAUCCUGAUCUGCAUGCUCCCCAUGUGGAAGGUGUCGGCGUUCAUCGGCAACAACAUUGUGGUGGCGCAGGCCAUCUGGGAGGGCCUGUGGAUGACCUGCGUGGUGCAGAGCACUGGCCAAAUGCAGUGUAAGAUCUACGACUCCCUGCUGGCGCUGCCCCCGGACCUCCAAGCUGCCCGGGCCAUGGUGGUCAUUGCCAUCCUCUUCUCGCUCUUCGGCCUUUUGCUCUCGGUGGUGGGGGGCAAGUGCACCACCUGCGUAGACGACAAGGCGGCCAAAGCCCGGGUGGCCAUUGCCGCCGGCGUUUUCUUCCUGCUGAGUGGCGCACUCUGCCUGGUGACUGUGUCGCUGCCCGCCAACACCAUCAUCAAGGACUUCUACAACCCGGCCGUGCCUGACGCCCAGAGGAGAGAGCUGGGGGCCUGCCUAUAUGUGGGCUGGGGGGCUUCUGGACUCCUCCUGAUCGGGGGCGCUCUGCUGUGCUGUCAGUGCCCACCGCCGUCGAGAGGCGAGCGCUACGGCGCCGCCAAAUACUCUGCCCCGAAAUCUACCAGCCCGGCCAAGGAAUUUGUGUGA